AUGGCGUCCGCCCUGGGCACCGCCAUCGCCUUGGUGGGCGUCGUCAAAGACGCCAGCGGGCGGAUACAGACUGAGCCGUUUCUCAACGUGGCGCGCCUGCUGCUGCCCAUAAUCGACAAACUGGGGGUCACGUUCUACCCCGUCAAGCAAGACGUCAGUGGGAACAUCGAGCGCCUCGGCAGGCGCGCACGGGAGGAUGCCGUUCGGUACGCCUGCCUGUUUGAGAUCGUCACCACUGAGGUGGCGGCUGGGAAACAUGAGCAGUCAGAUUCAUGCGCCAAGGGGCUGUUGUGGCUCAAAAGGGCAAUGGAGUUUGUCCUUGGCUUGCUGCGGCAGCUGCACGACGACGACGAGAAGUCGAUGUCCCAGGCGGCGAACGAGGCUUACGCGUCGACGCUGCAGCCCUUCCACGGCAUGAUCACGUACGGGGUAUUCACGGCUGCAAUGUCGUGGCUGCCUUCCCGGGAAGCAUUCUUCAGCAAGCUGGACGCUGGUGCCGACUUGAAGCCAAGCAUGAAGCUGUUCCUGGACUGCAUGACGCCACUUGUGCAGGAAGUGCACAAUUUCUUGGUGGAAAAUGACCUGAAUGAUAAAACGCCAGUUUAG